AUGUCUCAUCUAGACGCCUCUAAGCUCUUUGCCCUCAACGGCCUCGUCGCCGUUGUCACCGGCGGUGGAAGUGGCCUGGGACGAACAAUGGCUCUAACGCUCGCUCAAAAUGGCGCCUCAAAAGUCUUCGUUCUUGGCCGUCGAGCUGAGGCUCUGGGUGAAACAGCAUCUCUGUCCCCGCGUCCGGACGUAAUCAUUCCUGUCGUGGCAGACAUCACGUCCAAGGACUCCCUAGAAAGCGCCUACAAAACCAUCGCUUCUCAAACAGAGUAUAUCGAUUUGCUAAUCGCAAACAGCGGGACAAUCGGGCCCCGGAAUCUACGCAACUUCACAGAGGACGGGAAACCCGUUCCAUUGGAACAAUACAGAGAAUCGCUUUGGUCGAUCGACCCCAAUGAAAUGACCAACACCUUCCACGUUAAUGUGACCGGCGCCCAUUUCACAGUCGUCGCAUUCCUGCCCCUUCUAGAUGCAGCCAACAAGCGUCGCCCGCCCCAAGUCCCCAACAGCGGCAUACUGAGCCCGCCCAGGCCACAGGUCAUCAUCACCUCCUCCAUCGGCGGAUUCAUGCGGCAAGUCGUGUCCGGAUUGGCAUAUCAACUCUCCAAAGCAGCUGUAACAUCACUCAUCAAGACCCUCUCAACUACAUUACUCGAAUACCACAUUCGGGUUAAUGGUAUUGCGCCGGGAAUCUAUCCGAGUGAUAUGACUACUUCUAGGCUUGAAGAAUUCGGCACUCAGCAUGGGAUUACGGAGGGCGAUGUGCCCAAGGAUGCGGUGCCGUUGACGAGGGUUGGAUCGGAGCAGGAUAUUGCUGGGUUGGUGCUGUUUAUGGCUGGUGCUAGUGGAGGGKAUCUUAAUGGGGCGAUUGUUGUUUCAGAUGGUGGGAGGUUAGCUUCGAAGCCUUCUAGUUAUUAG